AUGUUCAAGGCCCUCAUGGGCGGCGGGGGCCGCUCCUCUGAUGCCCGCAGCUCGACCUCCAAGAGCAGUAGCCGCCGCCGAACCAGCUCCAAGGCGUCCUCAGCUGUUAGCCGCAAGUCCACACGGGGUGACGACCGUGACCGUGGCUUGGGCGAUCUGGCAGCCUACACGUCCUCGGGCUCCCGCAACAGACGGUAUGCUCCCAGCGCGGCGGGCGAGUCGGUCGCUUCGAGCUACGCGACGGCUGACCCGGGCGUCCCCGACGAGUUCGAUCCCAUUAUUGUCGAACGGGCUCCCCGACGCAGAGAUACCGAUGAAGACAGCGCUCGCGAUAGGCAUUCAUAUAUCCGCGACAGGGACGGGCGUGAUACGCGCAGACGCGACCGGGACCGGUCGCCGAGUCGAGAGCGUGAGCGUGAGCAACCUCGGUCGGACAGAGAUGGCCGCGCGCAAUGGGAGAGGGAAGCUGUUGACUCUCGUGACGGUCGUCGGGAACGAUCGCGCACUCAAUCCGGGGAUACAUACCUGCCACCUCUAGCCACCGGAGACCCCGUCUCGACCUCGAUGCCGGCGCAGCCGAAUUCCCCCGCGGCCUAUGAUUCUCAUGUCCAGCAGCAGUUCCCGGGCCAGUUUCCUGCUCUUGUCGCCGAGCCAUAUCGUCCGCCGAACCCUGCUGGUGAAGCGGCCGAUUACUACGGCGACCAAGGGCAGUCUGUUGCUGAACAGCCAGGCGUGCGCCCGAAGCCCCCAUCCGUCAUUCCCAAUAGCCAAGCGCAUUUAAUGACUGCGUCGCCUGUUGCAAAUCCACCGCCCGAGCCAAGCAGCAUGGGCCAGGUAGGUGCUGCCGCUGCUUACUAUACGGAUGACGCGGACCCGGUGGUGAGCCCUGCGCAAACCGGACAAGCAGGACACGCGACUUCUGUCCCCGCUUCCAAGCCUCCCAAGCCAUCCACGACAGCCUCAGUGGCUCCAGCAAUGGCAGCUGGCACGGCUGCUUAUGGAGUCGGAAGCAGCUUUCCCACUUCGGCUGCCAGUCCGACAUCACCUCUCACACCCAUGGAGCCGGUGACUGCUCCCCACGCUCCACCUGUCACCUCGCACACCACCAGUCCGCCCCAUUCCCAUGGCGUCGGUGCUGCCGUAGGUGUCGCAGCCGCUGGAGCAGCUGCUGGAUACAUGCUAAGCCAUCACCAGCAUCAAUCGAUGUCGAGCACCGAUCAUCUAUCGCAAUAUACCAUGCAGAACUACGAGGAAAACUCUUUAAAUGGUAUCGGCUAUCCAGGACCGUCCAUGUACAAUGCGCCGCCUAAUCCAGCGUGGUACGCUGCUGGAGCGGCGGCAGACUUGCCAUACGCUGCAAGCCCUCUGCAUCCCCACCACGCCGCUGUUCAUCACGGAGCUCCCUUUCCUUCUGGCAACUUGGCGUUUCAGCAACGCCAGCAGGGCCCAUUGGACAAGUUUAUCGAUUUCUGGCGUGACCCAGAAGGUGUGGGUAAGUUUGAAGAAUAUACAGAGAGCAUUGGAGUCUGCAAGUAUUGCUUCGAGCCUGGUACAAGCUCACGUGACGCACCUCGCAAGCACAAUUACAAUCCCCGACGGGUCUCUGCCGAGCUUUAUAACAACAACGGCUCCAGGGUUGAAAAGUCGGGCCGUUACACGUCCUGCGAAGAUGAAGGUCGCCGACGCAACAAGUCAGCUCGGAAUUCCUGGUUACCCGGCCUCCUCGGCGGAUACGCGGCCAAGACGCUUUUCAGUAACAAGGAUUUUGAGGAUACCUACAGCGUCCGAUCUGGUCAUGUGCGGACUUCAACGAAUGACAAUGAGAGCGUCUCGACAACACGACAAAGCCAGACCUCGCGGGGGGUCUACCGGCGUCGUAGCCGCUCUCGAGAACACGACAGGCGCAGCGCCUAUGCGGAACCCCAGAAACGGCACUACGAGCAGCGACGCGACCGCUCUCGUUCCCGUUCCCGAUCUUCAUCCAGCGCACGCCGUCACUCAGCACUCAGAGAUGCCGCUUUAGGUGCUGCAGUUGGUACAGCCGCCAUGGCUGUGACUAAGUCUCGAGAUCGAAGCCAUAGUCGCAGCCGCAGUCGAUCUCCUAGGAAAGCCAAAAACCGAAAGUCGUCAUCAUCAUCCUCCUCCUCCUUCAUGGAUAUUUCCCACCAGUCUCGGAGAUCUGUUGGUGGAGGCAUCGCUUCUUUCUUCACGGCAUCCUCUGAGAACCGUAGAAAGCGUCGUGCUAAGAAGCGCAGGAGUAUCUUCUCGUUUACCAAUUCGUCCUCUUCGUCGCUUGACGCAGAUCUUGCUUUCGGGAGUGGAUUUGCAAAAAAGCCAGCUGGUAAAUUGACAAAGAAGAACAACAAGAAGAAGGACCGCGACGUCGAUGCAGCUUUGCUGGGGUUGGGUGCCACAGCUACCGCCCUCGCAGCUACGUCUCAUCACCGCAAUCGACGAACGGGGGAGAUCCUUGCCGCUAGAGAUUCGCGCUCUCGGCACUCUGAUUACUACUCGUCUGCGACUAACGAUGAGGGCUGGGAGGAUAUGGACUCAGGUGACCAGUCUUCCUCGAGUGUUAGCUCGGCCCUUGCAUUUGGAGGAAGUGCUUUGUAUGGUAGUGACGAUUCCAACUCCUCGGAUUCUGGUACGUCGAAAUGGGGUUGGAGAUGGGGUAGCAAGAAGGAUAAAAAGAGGAACAAGAAGAAGAGGGCCGACUCUAAUGGCCAUUUCCCAACUGGUGCCGCCAUUGCGGCUGGUGCUGUGGGAACGGCAGCCUUGGCUGCUCACCGACACAGGGACUCCAAGGUAUCUCACUCGAGCAGCUCAGGUAGUCUGCAGCGAGUCGCACCAAUUCCAACCAGUGACCCCACACGUUUCGAUGUGGUCAAUGUCUCAUCGCCCUUGCCUCUUGCCGAACCCGCGCUUGUUCGACCUGGUCCUAUUCCUCUUCAACAACCUCAACCCUUCACACCUGUCUCCCAGGCCGUCUUCGCCACUCAAGGCGAGUCCAUCCCAGCCUACAAUGCGCCCGCUGUGCCGCAUGCCUUCCCUCCUGCCUUCCCGCCAGCAUUUCCAACUUCCUACGUCCCCUACCGGCCAGAGUAUAGUCAAAAUGUUGCACUUGGCUUUGACCGACCGCACCGCAGGAGCGAUUCCUCACCCGUUUUCCCCACGGAAUCAAUCGAUGGUGCGCCAACGCCAGGCGUGAAGCGCCGCUCGACUGCCAAAGACCAGGCUUCAGUCUCGUUUGAUCUGACAGAGGAGCAAGCCGAUAAGGAGCGACGCGCGGACCGUUUGGAGCGGCUGAAGCGUGAAGCUGCACAGCUCGGCGGUGUGCAACUCAUUGAUCGAGAGCACGAACCCGAAGACCGAGAUGCCGAUCGCCACCCCGCUGGCCGUUACAAAGACCGAGGUUACGAGGAUUCUAUCCAGGAACACUCGCCUGACCGCGAUCGCUAUUAUACAGAUUCCCGGAAUGACAAAGAUUCAUCGUCAUGGAUUGCCGCUGCCGCUGCUGGUACCAUUGACGCUGCGGCCGCUGAUGCCGCGCUCUCUGGAAGGGGUUCGGUAGCUGGGUCCUCCGAGACUAGCCAGCGACGCAAUGAUGAACGCCGAGAGAAGCGUCGGGCAGAGCACCGCCGUGGCUCCGAGCCAGAAUCACCGGUUUCCAGCCGUAGUCGGUCCGAGGUGCCAGCUGAAGUGACCGAUGAUCACCAUCCCGAGCAGCGCCAGCCGGAGCGUGCCAAGUCCUCCAGUCCUCGAAGCUCUAGCCCUCGCAGCCCACGCGUGUACGAUGACUACGCCCAAUUCUUCGCCCCAGAGGAGCUGCGGCACAGCCCAGACACAUAUACCCCCAGGGAUCAUCACUCGAUGCCCACAAUUGUUGAAAUCGAACCGGCAAGUGAGAGGCAGCCUGAGGAGCCCGCUCCGGGACAUCGUGAUCUGCCCUGGCCGGUCCCGAGACUGAACCUCAUCGAGCCAACUCCUCCUCAGAGCUUGAAUGGUUCCGUCAGAGACGCUAAUUCCCCCGUGGUACGCCCUCGGGAUAUGCCUCACGAAGAAGACGUGAAGCCGGCUGACAAGCAAACCACUGGUUCCCGAGUUUCGUGGGGAGAGCAUGAGACGCACGAGUACGAAAUUCCGUCCACGUCCUCCGAGGUUGAUUCAGUCGAUCACGACACUCCCAGAACGCAGCAAGAUCUCCCCUCGCCAGCAGUCAAAGAGCGAGAUAUUCCCGAGCAUGCUGUGGACGAACCGGAUGCGGACAUCGAAUUCGCCGCUGCUCUGGCCGCUGCAACCGCAGCCGCAGGAUUUGACCCUGCGCUCGUGACCGAGGACCCUACAUAUCAUCAACGUUCAUCUCCUCCUGGAUCCCGAGCCGGUGUUGAAUUUAGGUCUCCCUGGGUUGAGAUCGGAUCAGAUACUACAACUUUCCAUGGCUUCGUUGAAGGUGAAGUUGAGUCGCCGGAGGUUGAAGGAAAGUCGCGAGACCGUGCUGUCUCCGAACAGUAUCACCCUACUGAUACAGGUUCUGUGUCCCCAGGAUCCAACGUCGGACAACGCCCUGAGAUCCAAAGUCGCCCUUCCAUUGCGCAAGAGGUCAUCGACAGACUGAAUGAAAAGAAAGAUGAGCCGACCUGGGAGGAGGCACCCGAGGAAAAACGCGAUGACGUUGACUCGCGUCCCAGGGACCAAUUCUCCAUGCCUGGCGGUUUCGACUCGCCCACGGAACCAAUGCCAGAGGAGUUACGUGAUACACAUAAAGAUGACUACCGAUCUGUUGUAUCAGCUCCUGUUGCUGGAGAGUACGAUUCCUCAGCAAGACCAAGAGACUUCCGACGGGAAGGAGACGAGAUCGAUGAUGAUGAAGAUAUUGCUCCUUCAACCGAAGCCGACGGCAACGAGGGAAAAAAAAAGCGACGGAAGAGACGUUCCAAGCUUGAGAGCGACCCCUUCGCUGACUCUGCUUCCGUCACAUCGUCCCCGGCCAGAAUUGAAGAUUCCGAGAAACGUAAGAGCACAAGUGAUAAAGACAAGGAGAAGAAACUGGCCGGUAUCUUGAGCGGUAUCUUUGGCUCGAGAGUCUCAGAACCCGUAGACAGCAAGAGAUCGUCCUCCGCCGACAGACCCUCGUCGCGCGAAGUUCAGUCUGAGGUUGGCCGCUCUGAGUACGAUGAAUCGAGACGACGGAGAAGAGAGGAAAGAGCCUCGCGUCGUCGCAGCUCUAGUGGCGGGGAUAAGGGCUUCCGAAUAGAUGAAGAGAGUGGUUCGGACAAAGAGAACAGUAAGGCUAGAAACAAAGAUGGUAUUGACAUUGAGAACUACAAAUCUAGCAGGCAGCGGAAGGAAGAGAGACGGCGUCGAAGAUAUGGGGAUAUUGUGGAAUCGGGGAGAUCAGCGGAGCAUGAGAAGGAUCGGAAGGUAUCGGAAGACAACGACGAGAACGAAUCUUUUUUAGCAGAAGGCCCCGAAAUGCCAGUCCCGGUAGACGACGGCAAUAGAGAAAGCGGUGCUUCGGGGCGUGUUCCUUUGACGGAGGCGGCUGUCGCAGGACUGGGAAUAAACGUGCUCGACGACCGGCCAAGAGGUCGCUCGGGAUCCCCAUCUGCGGCAGGCAACAUCGUGGAUGCAGCUCACGGGCCCCGGAGUAGGCAAGCCUCUCCCGAGCCAAGUCGGGAAGAGAUGGGUAGCCAGGGUCAGUCCUCGCGACGAUCGUCAGUGCUGCGGUUGACCGAGUCACCCACUGCUGUGCCAAUUCACUUUCGUCGGCCUCCGACGUCCCCGAACACGAAUCGCUCAUCAUCCGUCGGUGCAUCUGCUGCGCCGUCUCCUGGAUCUCCCACUGCCGGCCGUCAACGUCGGCCCAACUCUAUGGAGUUCAAGAACUCGCGGGAGAUCCGACCAUUGUGGCUGGUAGAACGUCACGGCCGCGAGAAUGCAGAGCACAAGCCCGAGGAAACCCUGCCAUCGCUCCCAUCAAGCAAGGCCUCCUCCGCGCACAACUCUGUUGAGGACCUAACAGCGCUCCAAGACGAGCGGAGCUGGGAAGCCGUCGACCUGAGCCAUCAGAUCAGAGAUACUCGACGACCAAGCGCAAUUGAGCUCCCUCAGAGCCGAGGCCUUGAGCAUGGCCAUGAUGUCUUCGACUCCCAACAGUUGACUCCCACAGCGGCGAUGUUCAGCCCGAUGCUCCCCCAUCCUCCUUCUCGCAAGGAGCAGCUAAAGUAUGAGUUCCACUCGCCCUCGGAACUCCUCCAGGAUCCGUAUACGUAUGCGGAGCUACCACAGUCAUUGGACAUGGGCGAUCUCCCGUCUGCCGAAGGGUCAGCGGUAGGCGUCAAGGAUAUGAGUCCUGAUGCGACGGACGCUGCAGAGCGUGAGCCAGCAGGCCUGCCUUCUCGUCCGUCAACGCCGCAGAACAAGGAGAUCCCGACCCUGGAAGAUAUGGAGACCACGCCGACUCAGACCAGAGCCGUCCCUGCCGCUCAUUCGGAGUUUGCGAAGGAUUCUGAAGCUGUCGGUGUAAUGGAUGCAGUUGUUCCAGCGGCUAUUGGUGCUGGUCUCGCUCAUCUCUCAGAUCUCUCGGGCUCGAACAAGGGAAACGAAAAAGAGCCUCAGAGUGCUGUGAUUGGUGAAGGUCAUGCGCCUGCUACAGACGUGAUUGCCCCUGUUCUGGCAGAAUCAACGCUUCCAGCAACUGAAAUAGAUAAGUCACUGUUCUCUCCCGAGGCCGAACCUGCGGAGAGCCCCGACAAAGACAAGCCAGAUGCAGCCAGAGAAAUGCCACAGGCGGAUGUGGUGGACGAGCCACGCACCGGAGAAGCAACUGUGGAUAACCAGGAGAGACUGAAGACAUUACUCUCCGAGCCAACGCUUUCACAGGCGGAUGAACAGCAGAAGACCGAUACAGCUGUGCAGGAUACGGCGCCCUUGGAAGAUAAGCGAAGGGACCCAGUGGAAACCGUGGUGCCCGAAGAAGCUCCCCGCGAGACGGAGAACCAAGGUGCUGACGUCGUAAUCCCGGUGGUUACUGAGGAACCCGCCGAGUUGACCCUCGAGACCACAGAUAAAGAAGCAGACGGGUCCAGCCCGGCCGUGCCUGAAGAACCAAACCCACCGGUCGAGACUGCCGCGCCGUCCUCUUCCUCUUCCGCCAAGAAGAAGAAGAAAAACAAAAAGAAGCGGCAGAGCAUGGAUGCAAGUAGCCAAGAGCACGCGGCACCUGCCGAAGACUCGAAGGAUGAUCAGGGCCAGGGCAAGGAGAGCGGGGCGCAAGUCGAGGAUGGAACUGGCGAUGUGGUGCCGUCGGUUGAGCCAGCGCCUGCUGAGCAGGAGGACCCUGUCGAGCAGUCCAUUACGGUUGGAGAGGCGCCUGCUAUACAUGCGGCCCCAGUUGAUGCUCCGGUCGGCACGGAACAGACUACUCAAGUUGGAGAUGUUGGCAGAGCACCUGAAACUGAACAGGCUGUCACUCGUGUAUUCGAGGUCGUGUCUACCGAACCUGCCGCUGAGCCUGCCGCUGAACCUGCCGUUGAACCUGCCGUUGAACCUGCCGUUGAACCUGCCGCUGAACCUGCCGCUGAGCCUGCCGCUGAGCCUGCCGCUGAGCCUGCCGCUGAACCUGCCAUUGAACCUGCCGUUGAGCCUGCCGCUGAACCUGCCGCUGAGCCUGCCGCUGAGCCUGCCGCUGAACCUGCCAUUGAACCUGCCGUUGAGCCUGCCGCUGAACCUGCCGCUGAGCCUGCCGCUGAACCUGCCGUUGAACCUGCCGUUGAACCUGCCAUUGAACCUGCCAUUGAGCCUGCCGCUGAGCCUGCCGUUGAGCCUGCCGCUGAACCUGCCGCCGAUGUACCUGCUGAAUCCACCGAGGCCGCACCUUCCAAGAAGUCCAAGAAGAAAAAGAAGAAGAACAAGAACGCCUCUGUUGGUGAGACUGCGAAUGAAUCUGUUUCUACGGAGCUUCCAGAACCGUCCGCUGCCGCCGUGCAGGACAGUGCAGACAAGCAGCUAGAUUCUACAGAGCACACUGCACAGCUUGCCGAGGAAACAACGAAGCCCGCUGAGGAAGGUGUUAUCACGGUGCCUGAAGAAACAGGGAAGUUCGAGCUGGUGAACAGGGAGGCUGACACCCCCGAAGCUACUGAAAGUACUCUGCAAGAUGUUUCCCAGUCCGUCAAAGCCCCAGAACCUUCUGCAGAGCUCGAAACGCAAGCAAAGGAUCUACCACUAGCGGAAGAUGAUCUACAAGACUCGAGUGUUGAACUAGUCUCCGAGCACGAGGUCUCUGAAAGCAAUCGCAAUCUUGGCCAGGAUGGUAUGGAAUCAGCGGUGAGCGAAGUGACUCAUGAAGCUUUACUCGAAGAGGCUACUACCGAGCGACAUAUUAAUGAGCUUGAAUCUGCUGAUCCUAAGCCCGAAGAGCAAUCAAUUGAGGAGAAAGCGCCCGAGUCCGAAAGUCAAUCCCUCGAAAAGGAACAGACUGAGGCAACAGAAGCGCCGGCCGAAGUAGAUACUUCCACUGUCAUUCCUGAUGCCUCUCCGUCCGAGCAGCAUGAGCCGCAAAAUACCGAAGUGUCUAUCCCAGCCAACGAGCCUUCCCCUACGGAACAGGUUGCGGCUCCUUCUGAGCCCACACAGAACGAGGAGUCUACUCCAAUUGCGGCCGAACCGGAAACGUCCUUGUCGCGCAAGAGUAGCAAGAAGAACAAGAAAAAGAACAAGCGCAAGAGCACUGCCGAAACACCGGUUGAAGAUGAGCCUGCUGAUACUGCGCCUCCAACACCUUCAGCUGAGGUUGCGACCGAACCGGAACCCCAUGUUGAGAGCAAUGCUGAGACCGAGGUUACAAAAACGAAUGAAGAAGAACCUCAAUCGAAGCCAGUAGAUGAACCUGCCAUAGAGAUCAAGGAAGUGGCUGAAGAACUCCAGAAGGACGUGGUUGACGAACCUGUCUCAACCACCGCAACUGAACCAGCAAACAAUUUCCAAGUAGCUCCCGUCGACGACAAUCAGGAUACAAUUUCGGAAGAGCCUGUCGAUGAGCAGCCCAAAAAGAAAGGCAAGAAGAACAAAAAGAACCGCAAGUCAAUUUCUUUGUCUGAAACCCAGGCUGAGUCUGAACCCGAGGUGAAGACUCAGGAGUCGCCAUCUGUUGAUGUUGUCGAGACCCCGCUGCCCCAAACAAGCGGUGAGGUGCCACCCGCUGUCGAUAGUCAAGCACCGCCGGAGAGAAAUAUCGCAGAACAAGCUGCAGGGAUUGAAGACGUUGCGCCCGAUUCCACCGCAGGGGAAGCCGAACUAAAUCCACCAGUGGAGAAAGAUGAGGCCAAUAGCGGGGAACCACAUGUGUCUGAAUCCAGCGAGUACCCGGCUCCCAAUACAGAGAUUGUGCCUGAACUUGAGCCUGAGGCUGGUGUGGGGGAAACUACACCGGCGGGUAAAAAGAGCAAGAAGAAUAAGAAAAAGAAGCAAAGCCUGUCUGCUGCCCCCGAUGAAGCGACAGUCUCUGAGUCAUUGCCCGUCGCGGAUGUUGCAGAUACAACUGCAGACCCGCCCGUCGCUCCUGAAGAACCACCAAUUGAUAACGACAAGGAGUUAGCUCAGGAGGAAUCAAAGGAGAGUUUGCCGACCGCUGAAGCCUCUGAAGAAGCCUCCACUGAAGCUGUACCUGAGACCCUAGACGACCAGACUACAGCGGAGACAACUGUCCCCAUGACGCCAGCGCAGAAGAAAAAGGCGAAGAAAGACAAGAAGAAAAAACGCCAAUCUGCAUUGGUAGAGGAGGCGCCUCUUGAAUCAAUCGAGGAGACCAACCCGAAGGAUAUUUCUCAAGAAGAUGUCCAGCCAACACCUGAAGAGCUCUCGGAUGCCCAACCGUCCGAGCAACCUGGGGAUGCAGCGGCUGAACAGCUACCAGCAACAACUGAAUUCCCGCAAGAGCAAUCUAAAGAGGAUCCGCCUGUCCAGACGGAAUCGCCCACCGUUGCGGAUGAAGAAUUCGUAAUGGCUCCAGAACAACUGGCACACGAGGCAAAGGAGGAGACUCCAGACGAGCCUACCGCGACGGAAGAGAAUCCAACACCGGCUACCGCAGAUUCGGAGAAAGAACAGGAGCCUCAAGAACCGACCACAGAUAUAGACAUUGUCUCAAUUGAGACACCAGCUGCUGACACUGGGCCUGUCUCCGAAGAAGUGAGCGUCGCUCCAGUAUCUGAGGAUAUUGUCGCCGAGGAACCAUUGAGCGGAGACAAGGCGCAGUUGGAAAACGAUCCAGUUGCAGAGGAAAAGCCAAAGCACGACGAAAACCCCAAGGAGGAAACGCCAAUGGAACAAGCCCAAGCUGAAGUAACCGGUGCGCAAGACAUCCCAGACCCUGAUAAGAUUGAAACAGUCCUGGAUGCCGAGACCAGCUCUCAAGAACCAGUCCGAGAAGAGAAGUCAGCUUCUUCGAAGAAAAAAGACAAGAAGAAAAAGAAGAAGAGACAAUCGACGGCCUUGGAUGACGAGACAGCUUCUCCCAAGGAGGGAGAGACUAUUGAGACGCCCUCCGACCCGUCCGAUUCAGUCCUAGAGGUUGUGAACGUUGAUGAAACGUCACCAGUACCCUCUGCACUUGAAGAGGAGGCGAAGCCCGAAGCUGUUCCGCUAAGUGAGGCUGCGCAAGAGCCUGCUGUGGGUGAGGGCCAGGUUCAGGAAGCCGCAGAAGAUGCUCAGACAACCACGACUGCCGAGGAAGCUCAGACCACAGAGCCUGUAGAGGAGACUCAGCCUGUCAUGUCCAAGAAGAAAUCUAAGAAAGAGAAGAAGAAACGUCAAUCACUCGCCUUGAACGAUGACCAAGCUCCUUCAACAACGGAAGGGACAGCCGAGACCCUACCUGAGGCAGCACCUGAGGCAGCACCUGAGGCAACACCUGAGGCAACAACUGAGGCAGUACCUGAGGCAACAACUGAGGCAGUACCUGAGGCAGUUAGCACCGAGAACUCUGUCUCUAUUUCUUCUGCACCUGAGGAAGAGCAAAAGGUUAAAGACACCGCUCUUGAGGAGAUCACACAAGAGUCUGCUGCCGAUGAGACGCAGGCCUCACAGUCUACAGAUGAGCCUCAAACUGCCAAAUCCAAGAAGAAAGCCAAGAAGAAGAAGCGCAAAUCUGUCUCCUUUAACGUUGAGGAACCCUCUGUUGAGACGAGCGAGUCAGACAAGCCUGUGGAUGAAGUGCUCGAACAAAUGACUCCAGGAGAUGGAAAACAGUCCGAGGAGGCCCCUGCCACACAGAAAACCGAUAUUGAAGAGUCUCAGCCCACAGAGCAAACCUUGGAAAGCCUGUCGCAAGAAACACCAGUGCUUGCCAAUACUGGGAUUGAGCUACCUGAGCCAAAGCCUGAGGUCGCCGAACAACAAGAGCAUAUUGCUGAGACAUCGCCGGAAGCAGUCACCGAGGAGCAACCCAUAGACGUUCUGGAAGAAACCGCAGUUUUGCCAUUGGCUGAUGAGCCCUCUCAAGAGAAAGAGCAAAACGAUGUGGCAGAGGACGCAAAGGGCGUCGAACCCAACACAGAUGAUCUUCAAAAUCGUCAAGAUGUCGAGAGCGGAGAGAAAAAGGACGAAGCUACAACCCCCCAGACUCUGCCAGAGGAUCAAGAAACAAAUGAUGAGGCUGCGCGCGAACUGAGCGAGUCUGAGCCACAAACUCCUAUUGACGACACCGAACAAAGCACAGGUUCCGCAAAGUCAAAGAAGAAAAAGAAGAAGAAGAAGAAGAGCACGGCAGAUGUAGUCGAAGAUGCUCCGGCAGCUCUACCUGAACCUGUGAACGAUUCUCAAGUUGAAGCGGAAAAGGCUCCUGAUACUACCGAGCCUGACACGACGGUGUCUGAGGAACCUACUCAGCAAGAGCCGGUACCAGAAGAGGGGAAACUAGAAGAAAAGCAACAAGAAGAGGCGAGUCAGGAAGAGGAGAAGCUCGAGGUGGAGCUCAGCGGCCCCAUGUCGGCAAAAGCGAAGAAGAAAGCGAAAAAGGGAAAGAAGCGCAUCUCCAAGCUGUUUGAGAGCGCCACCGACGCCGCCGGCACUUCCGAAACCACUCCGAGUGCAGAUCUCUCUCAAGAAACAAGCGAAGCCGUCUCUACCGAAGCAAAGUCCUCCGAGCCAUCGACUGAGACGGCAUUCGCGCCCGCUGAAGAUGACGGUAAAGAACAUCAGUCCCACGGCACCGAAAUGCACGGCGAUAACGAUAAAAAUCUGACAUGGACUGAUCACAUGAUAUCUCCGCAGGUAGAGCAACAGCAGACGACAUCUUUCGAUCAUUCGUCCCAGCCCGUGCUUGAAGCCGAUCCGAUUGUCGCCAACGAAACAACCAUUGAUGUAGGAGAGGAUGUUAAGGACGCGGAAGACGCUUCGCCGGCCGCCGACCAUGAGCUAGAAAAAGACAGCGGGGAAGGCAUGAGCGUUAAGAAUACGCAAGCUGUUGAAAUUUCAGUGACGUCGGAUGAUGGUGCUGCUGGGAUCCCUCCAGUAGAAGAGGAGGAAGAGGUUCCGAACUCAAGCGAGGUUGCCGAGGAGGUAGAAAGCCAAGAGCAAGUACGGGAGUUGCCAAGAGAACUUGUUGAUAUCGAACUUGACGAGCCUGGAAGCAAAGACCCAGCCCACAAUAUCUCAAGAGACUGCGAAGAUCCUACGACGAAAGAUCCAAUGACCGGCGUCGCGGACAUCAUUGAACCGUCAAAUUUGGAUGAAGCUAUUGAACCCGAGAACGAAGAGCUGCCGUUACCAACAUCAAGCAAGAAGAAAAAGAAAGACAAGAAAAAGAAAAAAGACCAGGGGGCGAAAGCCGAGGAGGCGUUGCAGGAGCUUCCUCUGGAUAUCCCAGAGGAAAUAUUGCAGAAAAGCCAAGAACAGAGCAAUGUCGAGACACCUACUCCUGAGUCUCAGCCAGAGCCUGCUACAGAGCAGUCUGUCAAUGAGUUUUUGGAUAUGAAAGAGGCCCCAACAGAAACCGAAGAGACACCAGCCGAAGAUAUUGUGGCCGCAGACAAAGUUACUGAAGAAGCACUGGGGCAGGGUGGAGGAAUAGCGCCUGCGAAGAACGACGUUGAAGAAGCGCCAGCUCCUUCGCGAAAGAAAAGCAAGAAGGAGAAAAAGAAGGAGCGCCUUGCUCAACUGGCCGCUGCGGAAUCUCAGCAGGUGGAUGAGCCUGAGCUGGGAGAGAAGGCUGUUUCACCCUCGGUUGACCAGCAGAUUGAACCUCUAAUUGUUGAGCCUGAGCGUCCCCAGGAAACUUCUUCCGAAGAAACACCAGUUACUCACGAGACCGAACAUUCAACUACUAAGGUGGAACCCGUUGUCUCCUCAGAAGAUAAUGAGAAGGUUGUAGGGAGCACAGAGAUCAAAGCUAUUGAUGAUCUCCACCAAGAUGAAGAGACUUCGCCUCUGGCCGUAGAGUCUGCCACGGAGGCGACCACGCUGGAGGCUGGAGAUGAGAGCAUUCGAUCUGAGCCUCUGAGGGAAGAGGUACCAAGUCAAACUCAAGAACCUGAAAUUCCUUGGGAGCCUACGCCAAAGAAGAAGAACAAGAAAAACAAGAAAAAAGCUGCUCGACAGGAAGGCGAGAGAGUCGACAAAGACCAAGAUCCUGAGCUUGAGGAGCCCACGGCGCUAACCCAGGCACUCGAGGAGGAUAAUAGAAGCCAAGAAGAACCGAUCUCAGACCCUGUCGAGGUAGUAGAGGCUGCGGAGCAACCGACUGAACAAGAGGCGCUUAAGGAAGACUCGGAGUUGACUGCAAAGGCAUUGCUCACUGAGGAGAAGCCCGAGGGCGAGAUUUUUCAAGCACCAGAGGCUACUGUUGCACCUGCACCACUAAGCCGCAAGGAGUCUAAGAAGAAAAAGAAGAAGGGCAAGAAGCAGACUCAAGAACACGAAGAUAUCUCUGCCCCCAAUCCUGCCGAGGUUGCUACUGAGGCCGAAAGAGACACGAAUGCGGAUGCCACAUCCAUUGCUGCAGAAGAGCCUGCUGUUUUGAAAGAGUCCCAGUAUCUUCCUACCCCGGAUCUUUUAGAAGAGCAAGGCAAACAAGUCGAUAACACCGAGAAAUCUGUCCCUAUGGACGCCUUUUCGGCUUCAGUCAGGACAACAGGAGAGGUGCUGAAUGCGGGGGGUCAACUGGAUCAAGUGCUAUCGAGGGAACAGGAAGAAGGUGAUACUGUUCAAGCUGAGCCAGUUGAAGUCUCGGAUAAUACGGAAGAGAAGGAUGUUGAGAACCUUGUAGAAGACCACGCUGAAAGUACAGCACUUGUUGGAAGAAAGCUUUCCAAGAAGGAGAAGAGGAGGGCCAAGAAGUCCGCGGCGGAGCCAGUUGAGCCAAUGGAGGAGACUGAGCUACAUCAGCCAUUCGGUUCGGUGGGAGCAACCACCGAGGCUGAGCUCCAACCAUCAGGGAUGCUGCAGAAUCCAGUGGACGAGAACGGUUGGCCUGCAAUCGAUUGGGAGAAAGGUAACGUGGAACUCCAGGAACCCACUCCGCAAUCAUCACCAGAGGCUCAUCCUAUCCCUUUUGAGCCAGGAAUUGCAGAGUUCGACGAGUCUGCCAUCCCUGAGGGGUUGAUUCGACGACAAAGUGUAUCGAGAGGGCAUCGUCUGUUGGCUGAAGAGACGGCGGUCUCCGCGGAACGUGGCCUAGAGUCCGAAAGUGCGCAAAUGACACCCGCCACUAAUCAGCGGGAAGACUACAAAGGCGUCGUUUCUGAACAACCGAAGGGAGAAUUUGACGGGCUACCAACGCAGAGCAGAGUUGCUAGUAUUUUCCCUGAACUUGAGCGCGGAAAAUUCCGACGUCCCGCUUCCAACCAACAGUUGGUGCCGGUAAAAGAUAGUGCUGAGGAUGAGACUACUGGGCAAAUUGCGGAUCGCGAGAGUGCGAUCCAGGUCUCGGAGGCACCUCUUUCGGCCGGCGAGCCGACAACAAACUCUUUGGAAGGGCCGGUAGUUGGGGAAACUCUGGAGCCAUCGACUACGAUUUCCACACCAGUCGAUCUGGCUGUUGACGUUGAAGUGGAUCCCUCAUAUAACGUUUCUGUCAUAUCGGAUGGACCAGGAGAAGGGACCAGGUCUCUUGACAUUCAGUUCAGCAAGGACAACCGCGAUGAUUCUACGCCAAAGCUACAAGGUGAACUACCCUUGUACGCCCCGUUACCCAUGCAUGAACAAAAGUCCACCCUCAUCAGCGCUCCUUCGCCCAUCGACAUGGAUCGGGACGAGCGAAUAUUAACAGAUGACCCUUCCUGUGCACUCCGUCGCAGUCCGUCAAUCCAGGGGCGACACAACCAUCCGCCACGCACCUGGUCACUAGACGAUACACCCAUCACGAAAGCAGUCACUCCACCACCUUCGGGGAAGUCACUUUUCGGAGGACCAGUCCUAACUCCUGUCAUGAGUUCACCUCCCCGUACUCCAUUACAACCCAUUGCGGAACAAGACCCAGGGGAUCGGGUGGAGCGAGCGAGCGGGCCGAAAUCCAUGGGACGUGAUCGCGGAACGCCCCGUCUAGAGAUGAAGCCCGAACAUGUGCUUCCUCGUCCUGAAACUCCAACCAGAAAAUUUACGGAUAAUGCAUUGGCUCGUCAGGCCUGGCCCGUGGACAAGGAGACGCCGGAUCGCACAGCGGACGAAGAUCAGGGGCUAGCAGUCAAAAAACAACGGCCGCCCAGCGGAUGGCCUACAGAUGUCGUCAAAACCCCUGAGCCGGGCCUUCCUAUUUUGAGGCCCAGCAGCGUCAGCAGUUUUAGAAGCGUGCAGAGUAAUCCCAGCGUAACCAGCGGUCAUCGAUUGCUUCGACGCACCAGCCGCAAUGCCAGUGGGGAUCUGCGCGCGGCUAGUCAGGCACAGGAAAGCCACAACCCCCAGCCACACGACAAGCCCCAGCCUCCUCAGCCCCCACCCUCCGAUCUCAACAUCGAGCACGUCGCUUCGUCUUCCUCCUAUGACCCCGUCACGGACAAGGGCAAACGCCCCAUUCGCGCUAUGACGGACGUCUAUGAGGGAUGGGGAGAGACACCAAACUCGCCCCGGUCGCCGAGCCGACCGCCCAGUAUCCGCCAUCGUCGCAGUAUGCAACAUCUUCAAGAACUCGAAUCCCGUCUCGAUCAAUUGAUUUCCGAAAACCGACUUCUCAUCGCUGCGCGUGAAGCUGCCGAAGACAAACUCCGCAAUGCCAGCGUCGCUCGUCGCAAGAGCGACCAUACCCUCAAUGAGCGCAAUGCCAACCUACGAGAUCGAGAAGCCGAGGUGGAGAAGAUGAGAAACUCGGUGGACUGGUUCCAGAAAGAAGUGAGCCGCUUGACCAAGGAAAAUGAAGAGCUCACAACAACAAACUCCAAUCUCACUGCCGCCCAUGCCAGCGAGAUCCAAGCAGUGCGCGACUCGUCCACCCGUCAAAUGGACGAUUUGCGAUCGCGCUAUGAGAAGCUCUCAACAGAAGUUCAAAACACAGUCCGUAAUGAAAUUGAGACAGCAAUGGCGCGAAAGGAUGGCGAACUACGACGGCUCAGGGAAGAGCUUGAGAGCGCCCGGGAUAAGGUGAUGCAGCUUCAGCAACAGAUCGGUGCCUCUCUUCAUGACAAUGUCCUCGUUUUUCGGGAUGAAGACUACUUUGAUGCUGCAUGCCAGAAAUUGUGCGGACACGUGCAGCAAUGGGUCCUGCGUUUCUCCAAACAUUCCGACCACCGACGCUGCCGCAAACUCGGUGAACUUCAGGAUGAGAAGAUAGCCGACCGCUUCGAUAAUGCAAUCCUUGAUGGCUCCGAUACAGAUGGCUACCUCGCCGACCGUGUUCGUCGACGCGAUGUUUUCAUGUCCGUGGUCAUGACGAUGGUGUGGGAAUUUGUCUUCACUCGUUAUCUGUUCGGCAUGGAUCGCGAACAACGGCAGAAGCUUAAAUCACUGGAAAAACAGCUGAGCGAGGUCGGCCCGCGAAGCGCUGUUCACCGUUGGCGCGCCCUUACGCUGACGCUGCUAUCGAAGCGUCCAGCUUUUGCUAAACAACGCGAGAGCGACACGGAAGCCGUGGCCUUGGAGAUCUUCGAGACUUUAUCGCGUCUCCUCCCACCCCCAACUCAUGUCGAGACGCAGCUUUUGGACUCACUCCGCAAGGUCUUGCGUGUCGCUGUCAACUUGUCAAUUGAAAUGCGCACGCAGCUCGCUGAAUUCAUCAUGUUGCCACCACUGCAGCCCGAGUACGACACCAAUGGAGACCUAGCACGACAGGUCUACUUCAAUGCUUCGUUGAUGAACGAACGCAGCGGAGAAACCACUUCGAAUGAGGAGUUGGAAUCGAAGCAAGCAAUCGUCCGGGUAGUCUUGUUCCCCUUGGUGGUAAAAAAGGGCAACGACACGGGCGAUGGCGAAGAUGAAGUCGUUGUCUGCCCGGCGCAGGUGCUGAUCGCCCGACCCGAAAAAGAUCACCGCGUCAGCAAGAUUCUCAGCAGUGACCGCAUGUCACUGGACGGUACCAAGUCCGUCCAUAGCAUCGCUCCAUCGUCGACCAUGGAUAUGAGCAACGUGAUCUGA